UCACUAUAUAAACAAGGGGUCAAGAGUGUCGAGGCAUCAUUCAGUUUCUUAGUUAGUCAGUUAAACACCGUCAUCAUGGGAUAUAAGCUACUGCUCAUACUGGGCGCCGCGUCGACCGUCGUGCUGGCUGACGAGAGGGCGGUGUACCGGCCGCCCGCACGCUCCUACCACCCGCCCGCAGCCCCCACACCACGGCGGGACCAGGCGAGGGCCCCCGCACGCUAUGACUUCAGUUACGCAGUGAAAGACGAAAAGGGGAACGACUACGGCCACUCCGAGACCCGGGAUGGCGAGCUCACUGAAGGCGCUUAUUUCGUGCUGCUGCCGGACACGCGGAGAAAGUCGGUGAAGUACACGGUGGAGGGCCAGUCCGGUUUUCAGGCAAUAGUGGACUACAGCGGCGAGGCGAAGUACCCUGUGACACCCAUCCGCUAUAGAUCGGGUUCCAGAGAUAGGUCGUCUGAGGAAAGGUCUUCACAGAGCUACAGACAGCCUCCUUCGCGAGCUCUAAGGCCAGGUUAUACGGUUCCUUCGAGUUCCAGCCAAACGACGACGAAGACCGCCAGUGUAGAGAAGACCAGCUCUCCCGUGACCGCUUCCAGACCAGUGAAGGCUUAUGUUCCUCCCACUGUUAGACCAAGGCAGAGGUACAGUGCUCGUCGUAUCCCAAUACCGAUACUAAAGAUCCGGAAAAUUGAAACGCCCGACCAAUCCGAGACUUCUGUUGGAUCUGAGCCGUCACAGAAGUCUGAAUCCGAGACUGUCCCUGAAUCCUCGAAAUUCUCAGCUCGAACACUACUUAUCGAACCCGCCACUGAAAUUCAACACGAGACAGCCAAAAAACCUCAGUCAAAGGCGGUCGAGCAACAACCCCAGCCAGAAGAAACCCAGAAGCCCCAAGUAGAAACGACCCAAAACCAAGGAAAGAUAAAACCUCAGUCAGAAACCACGGAUACACCCCAAGCACUCACCGAUAGCAAAAUACAAAAAGAAACUUCCUCUACACCUCAAGCAGAAACACUCCCUGGACCCCAGCAAGAAAUCUCCAUUGAACCCCGAACAGAAACCACAGAUACACCCCAAUCCCUCACCGCCAGCCAAACACCAAUAAAAACAUCCCCUAAACUUCAAGCAGGAGCCCGUGAACCCCAGCAAGAACCCUCCACUGAAACCCAAUCAAAGAAGACCCAAGAAGAGCAACAGUUGACCACCAAACCCGAACUAGAAGCCACCCUUGAACCCCAAUUAUUGAGCGCCCGUAAACUCCAAUUAGAAACCUCAACCAAAUCCCAACCAGAAGCGAACGAGGAGCCCCAACCGAAUGAAACCGGGAAAGCUCAACCAGAAAGAACCCAGAAACAGGACACGACUGGUCAACAUCAAACAGAAAACGCUGCCAAACCCCAAUCACUCAGAGUAGAAACCUCAACUGACACUCAACCAAGACCGACCGAGGUAAUCCAACUAAAAACAACCCAACGACAAGAAACGACUAGCCAAACUCAACCAGAGAUAAGCCCCGAAACUCAACCACAAACCGAUAGUGUAACCCAACCCAAAACAACCCGGGAGCAGAAGACAACCAUCGAAGUUCAACCAGAAGCAGUCCCGGAGCCAGAGCCGAAACCACCAACCACCUCUGAAAGUCCCCAACCAGAGGCAACCCAAGACAAAGAAGAACCGACCGAACAGUCUCAACCAAAACACACCUCCGAAAUUCCUAAACAAGAUACAACCCAAAAACAGGAAGAAACAACCGGCCAGUCCCAACCAAAAGCGACCUCGGAACGUCCCCAACCAGAAAAUCAAAACAACGAAGAAACGACCGAACUAUCUCAACCAAAAACCGCUCUGGAACUCGAACAAAAGGCGACCGAAGAAACCAAAACCACGAAGAAAUCCCAACUGAAAACGACGACCCAAGAAACCGAAACCAAGAAACCUCCACAAAAAAUGGUCUCCAAACCCCAACUGGAAAUCGCUCAAGAAACCCAAGCCGGAAAACAAGAAAUCCAGAAAGUCGAAACCGGAACUGGACAAAAAGUCGAAACGGAAAUUAGCCAAAGACCCGAAACUGAAACUAGACAAAACGCCGAAACUGAACAAAAUGUCGGAACUGAAACUAGACAAAAAGCUGAAACCGUUACUGGACGAAAAGUCGAUUCCGAAACUACCCAAAAGGCCGGAACAAAAACAAGACAAAGAGUCGAAACAGAAACUGGACAAAGAGCCGAAACAGAAAGUAUCAAAAACAUCGAAACAGGAAGAAUUCAAGAAACUAAAACCGAAACAACCCAGACGACAGAAGCGCAAAAACUUUCAACCACACAAAAAACAGGAACCGAAACUAGAAAUCUCCAAGACGCCACAGCGGAUACGGCAGCAACAGAACCUCAGCUCGAGACGCCCCAAGGAAGCGAGACGACCAGCAGCAGGAGCACGGCUAGAUCCAAGACGCUGGGAGCCAUUCGACGCAUCAGAGACUUCCUCAAAACACGUUUCUCUCCUUAAAGACCCUCUAACGACCUUUACAUCCCCCUCUCUCCUCUCGUUCCCUCUCGGCUCUCGUUCUCUCUCUCUACCUCCCUCUUCCUCUAUCAAUCCAUCUAGCCAAAAGUCUGCAAGCGUCACUUUUCCACAACUCAUGUGUCUCGCCUAAGCUAAUAAUGACGUAGAGUUUCUUAUUUUUAAUGGAAAGGAAGCAGCUCAACAGCAAAAAUAAAAAGGGGAAAUAAAAUAGCCAGCGGGCCUAGAUUCUGUUAACAGUAUAAGAAGAGGAAGAAAAGAAGGAAAAACUUAAAAACGUGUUCCUUUGCAGGAUCAGAUGAGGAAAGUAAAUAGAGAAGAAAGGAGAGGAGGGAGUAGAGCAAAAGGAUUCCAUAACAGAAAAGCCAGAAUCAUUUGACGAGGUGUUUUGAUAUGAAUAAUUAACCCCUGUAGUUAUUUAUUCCAUGUCUGGGUGAAAGUGUUGAUUGUAAACAGUAGUCAUUAUGAUGCCAUACUUUGUGGUAAAGGUAGAAAUAGUUGCGUUUGUGUAAUUUUAGGAGUAAGCUAAUAAAAGGAUAUAUGUGUUUAUCCUUGACAUGACCAUUGUUUGUUUAUUGAUGGUUAUCUUUAUUGUACUUUUAAGUGUAAAUUAUCUAAAAAAUAUUUGUCUGUAUUCUUAUCUAGACUAAUUAUUGAGUUUAUAUUUAUUUCCUAGGCUAGCGUGAAUAUGCGUCUCUUGUUUAUACUUGUGUUUGUUCGUUUAUUUGCAUGAGUCUGCUUGUUUGUUAAAUGGUACAAAUUAACCUCAAGAGUCUAUGUUUGCCUUACUUCUUGUCUGCUUUCAGUAUGUAUUUGUUUGAGUGUUUCCGUGCAUUCACUGUGUUCCGAAUGCAAUGUUUGGACUCGUUCGUUAUAACCCAACUUUCAUAAACG